AUGCCUCAGGAAGAAAGAGCAUCCUCCCAUGUGCGCCAACUGCUCCAGUCUCUUACGCUGGAGGAGAAAGUGGCCCUCCUGGCGGGCAAGAACAUGUGGGAAACCAUCAACAUCGGCCGCCUACACAUCCCCAGCCUGAAGAUGACGGACGGACCAGCCGGUGCCCGGGGCUCCAAGUGGACCUACGGCUCCCUGACCACCUGGAUACCGUGCGGAAUCUCCCUGGCUGCUACCUUUGAUCCGGCGAUGGUAGAGCAAGUUGGAAGGGUGUUGGGCCAGGAGGCACGCCGAAAGGGCUGCCAGAUCCUGUUGGCACCCACCAUGAACCUAUCGCGCUCGCCCCUAGGUGGUCGAAAUUUCGAGAAUUAUUGCGAAGAUCCCUAUUUGGUCGGAGUGACCGCCACGGCGAUGAUCCGAGGUAUUCAGGCACAGGGAGUGGGCGCGUGCAUGAAGCACUUUAUCUUGAACGAUACUGAGACGCGGCGAUUCAAUGUUGACCAGACCAUUGAUGAACGCACCUUACGCGAGGUCUACAUGAAGCCGUUCACGAUGGUUCUCGACGACCCGGCUAGCACGCCUUGGACGGCCAUGGUUAGCUAUCCCAAGAUUAACGGCCUGCACGCCGACAUCAGCCCACAUAUUCUUCCUCGUCUACUCCGGCAAGAGCUGCAAUUUGAUCGUCUGGUCAUGAGCGACUGGGGUAGGCUGAAUAGUACAGCCGACAGCCUGCGCGCCACAACUGAUCUCGAAAUGCCGGGUCCAGCCGUCCGCCGCGGAGAACGCUUGCUGGCUGCCAUUCGAGCUGGGGAGGUCGAGGCGGCCGCGCAUGUCGACCCGAGUGUCCGCCGCUUCUUGCAGCUCCUGGAGCGCACAGGCCUGUUGGGAGACGCUACAGAGGCCACCGAACACUCCGAAGCUGCUACGGAUGAUCCCAUCUUUCACCGAAUCGCGCGCGAUGCAGCCCAAAGUGGGCUCGUCCUGCUCAAGAAUGACAAGGCCAUCCUACCUCUCAAGCCGACCACGCUGCAGCGAGUCGCCAUCAUUGGGCCCAACGCCCGUCAACCCACCGCGGGCGGUGCCGGCAGCGCCGCUGUCAACCCAUUCUACGUCUCGACUCCGGAAGCCUGCCUGCGCGAUGCCCUUCAUGCGGCCAACGCAGAACUGCAGGUCUCCUACGAGCCGGGGAUCACGAGCAGCCUGCGCCCGCCUUUACUGGGAAAGCUCUUGACUGUCCCCGACGGGUCCCGGAACGGCUGGCAAGUUAGCUUCUUUGAAGGUCAUGCGCUGGAGGGUCCGGUGGUAGCGUCCAGUAUGUGGGACGACUCGCUCCUCUAUCUAUUUAGUGAUGGUGAUGUCCCGGCCGUGUUGGACGACCGGCCAUACUCCUACCGUGCCACCGGGGUGGUCACUCCGCAAGAGUCAGGUCGCUAUACCUGGAGUCUGGCAAAUACUGGGAAAGCCAAGCUCUUUGUUGAUGACGAGUUGUUAAUCGACAACACGGAGUGGACUGGUCUGACGGGCGGAUUUCUGGGCUGCUCUAGCGCAGAUAAGACAGCCAGCGUCUAUCUGGAAGCGGGCCGCGCCUACCAGCUGCGGGUGGACAACGUGGUCACGCUGCCAGUGGUAGAGGCAUUUGACAACACGCUAUUCCCGCGGAUCUCCGGGAUGCGAGUUGGUCUGGCCUUGGAGCAGGACGAGCAGGAAAUGCUGGCGCAGGCCGUGGCGGCCGCCCGGCAGGCCGAUGUGGCGGUGGUGGUGGUGGGCCACAACAAGGAUUCGGAGGGCGAAGGAGGCGACCGCACAACGAUGCAGCUUCCCGGUCGCACGGACGAGAUGGUCGGCGCUGUCUGUGCCGCUAAUCCCAAUACCGUCGUGGUUGUGCAGUCGGCCAGCGCCGUGGCCAUGCCGUGGGUCGAUGCUGCCUCGGGGCUGGGGCAGGAAAAUGGGCAUGCUUUGGCAGCCGCUCUGCUCGGCGACUGCGACUUCAGCGGUCGACUCCCCAUUACCUUCCCUCGACGGCUCGAAGACCAUGGCUCCAACGCCUGGUUCCCGGGAGAGGCUGCGCAGGACCGCAACACCUUUGGGGAAGGGGUGCGCGUCGGGUAUCGCCAUUUCGAUGCCCAGGGAAUCCCUGCCCUCUGGCCCUUUGACUUUGGUCUUUCGUAUACACAAUUCCAGCUGACCGACAUUCGGGUCUGCGGUCGCGUGGAGGGACGUUCCCGGGAGUCUCAGCCUGCGUUGAUCCAGGCGCGUGUCUGCAAUGUCGGAGGCCGCGACGGGCAAGAGGUGGUCCAGGUAUAUGUAGCGCCAUCAGCCCAGAUCCGGCAGGCUGGGGAAAUGAGCUUCCCCAAGACUCUGGCGGGCUUCUGUAAAAUUGCUGUACCAGCGGGAGUGUCGCGAGAAGUGUCGAUCCCCAUCCGGGGGUCGGAGCUGAGCUGUACUAAUAGGCGGCAUAGCAUCUUGUCACCAUCUAUGGAUCUUACCGCCCCCGUGGCCUGUUUGGGCUGCCGAGAAAAGCAUCUCAAAUGCGACGGCAAUCUGACCGGCUGUGCUCGCUGCCAGUCCUUGGGGCUCACCUGCCGCUUCGUGCCCUCCCGUCGUGGUCGCAAGUGUCGCCCAGCAGCACCAGCAGCAGUUCCCCACGACACCACCAGUCUGCCCACUCCCAACUCCAACUCCAAUUCAAUACCGGUGGAUCCCAUCUCCUUCUCAACAGGUCCCGUCGGGCAAUGCCACACCCUGGAAUACCCGCAACAUGCGGGCUCCAUGGCUUGCGAUCAAGGGCUGCAGCUGAUCUCCCUAUACUAUCUCCACUUUCACCAAGCCCACCCGUUCCUGGCCCCCAUGCAAGUCCUGCUCGAGUCGGAACCCCCCGCGUUCCUGCUUGAUAUUAUGGAGUUCAUCAGCCUCCAUUACUUGUCCCCGCAGCUGUUUCAGGAUAGCAGCGAGUCCCUCGGUCUGGCCGUGCAGGCUGCGGACCUGACCAUUGAAAAGGUGCAGGCCUUCCUGCUCCUCGCCAUUGUGCAUCACGGGCGACAGCAGGCCCCUGACGCCCGCUCAUAUCUGGGACAGGCCCUGCAGGGUGCACUGGACCUGGGCUUGCACCUUCGGGAGACCUCGGACGCCAUCCGUGCGGAUGCUCCCUUCCAGGCCGAGAGUCUGCGGCGCACCUGGUGGGAGAUCGUUGUGAUCGAUGUGCUGCUGGCGGCUGUCCAGGUCGAUGGGGUUUUGCAGUUCCACAUGGAAGAAACCCCCACCACGCCUCUUCCUGGUGAGCUGGAUCAGUAUCAGGCUAGCGACGUCAUCUCCGACCCCAACUCCUUUCCGUCCACCCUGGCGGAUCUGGAACAAAACGCUCUGUUCUGCGGUGAUGUGGAAUUCUCCCCGGGGGCUUACCGCGUCGAGGCUGCGUUGAUGCUUCGCAAUUGCCUCCGAGCCGGCCAGACGCACGUCGGUGAGGAGACACUAGACAUACUGAACGCGGCCAACAUCGCCUGGUUCCAUCGACUGCCGCCACGCCAACGGUCCAUGCUUCAGCUCAACGGGGUGCAGGACGAGCUGAUGACACAGGCCAUGAUGUUGAUGCACUGCGCCACCAUCUAUUUGCACUUCCCACGCUCCUGUCUGCUCGCAUUCCUGCCCGUCACAGGCCAGGUGAUGUGCUCAUCCCCGGCCUUAUCCGUCACCAGUACCCUGGACCCUCAAGUGCACACCCACAGGGUUAUCGAGGGGUCUGUUAGACUAUCUCAGCUAGCCGCCUUGUCUACCUCGGUUGUCAACCAUACUCCUUUCUUUGCCUGCACCCUGGUCCUCAGUUCCGUUAUCCAAGUUGCCGCCAUGUUCAGCGAGAGUCUGCAUUCCUCUAAGGCGAGCCAGAGACAAUACCUAGCUCUCAACCUUGCCGUUCUAAAGUCUAUGGGACAAACCUGGCCCAUUGCUGCUGCUGCCUCACAACGAGUGCGUCAAGCCAUGAUCGAAGUCCACAAUGCGAUCCCACGAGCUGCCAACCUGUUGCUUGGGGAAGUCACCCCUCCUCCCUAA